AUGCAGGAGGCAAAAAAAAGGGUGUAUGAGAGGGCCUUCGCGAGGCACACCCGUUACCACAAACUUCUCUGGAUGGCAGGCUCGGCAUUCUUUGCUGAGGUGUUUCUAGGCAUAGCAACAGACUGUGCAAACAAUGUCUUCAUUGGCUCGAUUGGGUUCGCGAGCCUCACUUUCAUGAUCUACGUCGUUGGCAGCUGGGCCAGUUCACUUAGGAACUCCGGUCGGGGUGACCGGCAGGUCUGGCAGCUACGUGGACGCGGCCUCAGUCGUCGCACUCGGCUACGGCGACUGCUCCUAAGACGGGCGGCCAAAUCCCGACUUCAACAUCGAGAAGCUUGUGCGGCUGCCAGCCGCAGAGAAAUUCGAAAGACCUUUGGUGCGGUGUGGCUAGCAGGCCGAAGGUUUUCAUGGAAUCGAAGGAAGCGGCGGCUGCGGGCCGGCCGGGCUUCCUUUCAAGCGCUCCUUGCGCCAGGGGCGACGCAGGCUAUGCAUGCGGCUAUCGGUCGUGUGGCUGUGCGUCCCGACGGCUGGAAGGGACGACGUUCCGCUCUUCUACUUCGCUGGGGUUCGCGAGGCAGUGGAGCUCUGGUUCCCUCUCCGGCGUCUACCGUGGCAGUGCCCUGUGAAGGGCAUGAGGUUCGUGAAUCAAGACGGCGGGCGGCACCUGCGGAUGGUGCUCGACUUGCGACCAGGAGUCAUUGGGAAAGCCUUGGCAUUGAGGUUUGUGCUGGAGGCAACACUGCGGCGGCGCCCUUUGCGGGCGACUUUGGCAUGACCAUCGCGGCCGACGUGUGUGUGGACGUGCAGGACUGUCCGGACGGGCUCCUGGAGGACUCUGGGCUUCCUGUUGUGAGUGAGGGUGCUAGGUCUGUUUUGCGGACCCAUGCUUGUGAUGACAAGAACAGAUUGCAGACCCAUGCAAGGGCCAUCAAGAAAGAAGUCAAGACCCAUGAAGGGGUCAUUAAGAAAGGAGUCGAGCCUCGCGGAAAGGCCACCAAGAAAGGAGUCAGGGCGAAGUCGAGUAGGCCGUGCUACUUUAGCCCUCCCGGGCUCCCCGUAGAUAGUGCUGGAUCGUUGCGCUGCGCCAUGGAUGUCAUUGCUCACUACGUGGUUGCUGCAGGUUGGAAUGGUCGUGCUGCAUUGUCAGCCUUGCUGGCAGACUUUCGUCAUGAUGCUUGGCUUGGAGUGCGUGUGGGCGAGGCCUCACAUCCCGGGCCCCGAAGCCAUAGACCUAGCAGGGUUGGAUUGACCAAAGCCGAUGUUCGCCGCUUGGUCAAAAGCAUGGUGAUGGAGCUCGCUUCUCCGUUCUUUGCUCAAGGAGCUGGACUGCCUCGACCUCCGGGCACACCUGUUCCGGAUGCUGAUUACAUGCCGACUCGAGCGGUUGAUCCCGGAGCCGGCAAGAGCAAAGGCAAAGAUGGCAAAGGCAAGGCGCCAGGCAAAGAUGGCAAAGGCAAGGCGCAGGGCAAGGGCAAGGCCGGCAAGGAUGGUCACCGGCGGACCCUCCAGCUCCCCGCGACCCCACGGGCGGAGAUGGGCGGAGAUGCUCGGCAAUCGACCACAGGUGGAUACUGCUCUCGGGGGCCUGUUCACGGCAAGGGCGACCCUCGUCUGGGCGACAAGGGCAAGGGCAAGGGUCCAGAGCCGACGACCCGGGCCCGUCGGUGGCGCAACGACGGCUGGCAGGAAGUCAAGUGGAAACUGCGGGCGGGCGACCUCAACUUCACCACGGUCAUUACCCAGGCCACGGACCUUGAGCGUGAAUUGGACAAGGGCGACCCGGUGCUGGCUUAUGCCGACACCGACAAGUUGCUGGAGGAGUUUGGGGAGCUCAUGCGUGGUGGCUGUGUUCUUCGUGGCGGCAUGAAAAUUAGGCGUUGCUGGGUGGUGGCUUGGACUAAGGGCCAGCCUGAGGUUGGAGAGCUCCUCUUGGAUGUGGAGGUGGACUUCAUUGAGGCGAAAGCGCCCAAGCGGUCGGGGACAACAUGCGGGGUCGUGAAGGGCUUGCUUCGGCUAUCGCCCACGGCGGCCAGAUCGCUCCUUGCUGCAGGCGGCCGCAUCUUGGGUGGCACCACUUUCUUCUGCCAGCCGCUUCGACGGUCCGACUUGACUUUGAAUCAGCCGGCUUUACUGUGGGAGACUCAGUGGGCUGAUGAAACCAGUGUCCAGUACUUGCGUCGUGUUGUGGCUUCUACGGGCGACAUGGGGCUUUUCCACGAUGGCAAGAAGCUUGCUGUUCGCAUUGGCCCUCGGGAUCCGCGCAACGCUGCUAAGCAAGGACUUUGGCAUCUCCGGCAGGUCCCGAUGGGGUGGCACGUCCUAGAAUUGGAAGAAGUUCUGAAGGACGUGGGGUUCGAACAGAUUGAAAUCCAGGCUCGCUACAGGGAGCGACGGUCCACUCGUUGGUCCUUCCUUGCACUGCGAGCUGACCGACAGGACUACGUCCCCAUCAAGCUCGAGGACGAGGUCUUGGCUCGGCCUAAGGAUGAUGGCAAGGGCGGUAGUGGAUUUUUCAAUGCUGCCCCGGCGCAGUCUGCAUCCGAGUUCCCGCCGGACCCCUUUGAGGACUUAAUCACAUUGGACGAGGCCUCCGAUUGGCAAGCGGCGAACGACGACAAUCAGAUGAUGGGCAACAAACGGCCUGCUGCUGCCACUGCGCCGGUGGCCAAGAAGCCUAAGCAGCCCAAAAUUGAGCUGCCUUCCGGGGCCACUGUGAUCAGCAAUGACGGUGGCGGCAACUGCCUUCCCGCAGCCGUCGCUCAGGCUCUAACCUCGCACGGAGGCAAACCGGUCAGCCAUCGAGGUAGAGCUAUGACACGUUGGAUGCGCGAGCAGACGCAUCACCUACAACCGCUUAUUUGGGAUGGUCGCGACACUAACGAUCAACCCUGUCAGAUGCCCUUUACUGAAUAUUUGUCUGCAGUGGAAGCUGUUGGCUCAUGGUGUGGAAACCUUGAGGUCUACGCUUUGAGCCGUGGGCUCCCGGCCAACCUCCUGAUCAUCAACUAUGACUCUGAGACAACCUUCAAGUUCGCUAGCCAGGCGGACUCCGACCCGUUUGUGGUUCUGAAGUACAGUGGACGCCAUGACGAGUGGGUGAAGUGCUCUCCCGAGGCCUUGGUGGACAUUUGGUGCCACGCUUUAGUGGGGAACACAACAGAAGGCCACUCGAGGUGGCCGCACUCCACGUAUGAUCAUCGACACGGCGUCCGAGAAUGGCACGACAAGGGCUCGUUCUUCUCGGGCGUCUUCGGAAAAGCAACCUGCUCAUCAUCGAGCGACGGCCUCUUCAUCUUCAGCGACUGGCGUCAGGCUCCAGUGCUAAAAGACGUCGUGCAGGAUCCCUCUCAGCCGCGGAAGUUCGCCACCUUCGUCAGGAAGCACAAGCACAAUGCACAAUACCAUGAGGGUCGGGGCAAUCGCCGGAGAUCCGCUCCGCUGCUCAUUGGCCCGACUCAAUCCAUUAUCGGUGCCAUCGGCAUCCAUCGGAGUCAGCUACUGACUGCCUCAACUGCAUGCCAAUUCUCGAAGCUGGGGGAUAAAGCGACGACCUUCCUCUGGCUCCGAGUCACCAAGAAGUCCGGAGUUGUGAGUUGCCAUAGGGCUGCUCGAUGCAAUCGAUGCGGCAUCAUCGCCACGCAUGCUAAGGAGAUUGCGAACCACAAGUGCGACCCGGAGAAUCCCUCCUGGUCUGCUGAGACGGCUCGGCGACGCAUUCGGUUGCUGAAGGAACGCAGAAAACUCGCGGAGCAAAGUGGCAUCUCAGCCUCCGACGCCGACUUCAUUUGGAAGCGCGCGGAGGAGAUGUUGUUUUGGAAGCCUCUUGGAUGGAACGUCGCCUUCCCCGAGGGUGACAUCACCAGGGCGCGCACAUGCAUUUUAUCGAGGCAGCCGGGACGGACUGUGCAGUUAUCCGUUUCUCAUCCGGCUCGGGUGGCGGCUUUCCUCACUGAGAUCAUCGAGGGUGGCUCUGUACAGAAGCUCCUGAUCGUCUCCUAUUACGGCUUUGCCAAUGAUCCUCAGCUCUCUUCGGACCUGUUGGAGGAGGUUGGCGCACAAGCCUUGAUGCUCGGAUUCCCUUGGAUAGUAUGCGGCGACUUUCAGGCGCCGGCUCACGAGCAGCCUGCAGCUGCUUUGCUCAGCACUGGCACGGCCUGCAACCUUGACUUGACGAUGCACAUGCAGGCCCGCUUCCCCCCACGAGCCCAGCUCGACUCAACAGAAUCGACUUUGGGAUCUGCUCCCGCGAUGUUCAUGCCGAUAGGGUACUGCAUAGCGAGGGCAUUGGGGACCACCUUGCCGUAG